GAUCUCAAAUGUGUUUUCUAGCCCUCAUGAUUCCUGUCAGAUUAACGACAUUUUGUUACACGGCCAUCCAGGGAAUAAAAAUUUAGAUAUAUCUUAUCAGCGAAUAAAUUUUACCGACGUAUGUAUUUAACAAUUACUUCGAGGCGCACAAUCGUCACUCCAACCAUAGUUAGUGCUAGUGAUCUAUCGUUUACCGGAUCGUGAAUAAGGCAGAAUGGGUUGCGGCGAAGGAUUAGCAAAAAUAUUAGUGUUUAUUGUCAACUUUGCCUUCCUGUUGGUCGGCAUAGCGCUUCUUGUUAUUGGCAUAGUCUACAAGUUGAAUAUCAACCACGUAACAGACGCAGUACCGGAAAAUUAUGAUGCUGUCCGAUACAUUCCCACACUCUGCAUCGUGAUCGGAGCUAUAGUAUUUUUCAUAUCAUUUUUGGGUUGUUGUGGAGCUUGCUUAGGAGCUUGCAAAAAAAACCCGUGCAUGCUGAGCACGUAUGGUACUAUUCUCAUAUUAAUAUUCAUUUUACAAUUAGCCCUUGGCAUCUAUGCGAUCGUGAAAAUAAAAGACAACGACGAUCUUCAAAAGAAUAUAAGCGAUGCCGUUCGAAAAUUACUCAACAACGAUAAAGAUGCUUUGAAAGCUCUUCAGAACCAGCUACACUGCUGCGGCGUUAACAGUUCAAGUGAUUGGUUUCCGUCACCAGUACCCCAAAGUUGCUAUAAGAACGAAGACACAACCAACACUCUUUGGACAAAGGGUUGUGCGGAUGCCGUAUACGAACUUGUUAAGGACUCAAUUAAAGUUAUUGGCAUAGUAGUUAUUAGUAUUUCAGCGGUUGAGGUCAUUGGUGCCAUCCUCGCACUUUGUAUGGCACACUGCGUCAGAGAAAGAAAAAGAACUUACUAAGUGAGAUGAUCUUUACACUACAGGAAGAAAUUGUAACUUCCACACGAACUGAAAUAAUGACAAUUUACAUUAUCCUGUAAUGUUGUAUUGUUGUAUAGCUUAAGUAUACCAUAAAUAGCAGCACUAAGAAAAUGUUUUCUACGAUUUCUUUUGAAUUAAUCUUUUUUUAAAUGUUUUGUACAUAUGUCACCAUAUGUCACCAUAAGGCGAAAAUUCUAUAAACUAUUAUAACCAAAAGAAAAGUGCAAAUAAUAUUAAUUGGUAAUUAU